GCAGUUCUGUUCGACCCAUUGACGGACUGGUCCGACUGGAGCCAAAACGGAAGUUGCUCAGCUAUUAGCAGCCACAGAAGUUGGAGUCUGGGUGGAGUGGAGUCUAUUAAGAAAACAAACAGCGUGGCAGGCAAAACGAAUUGCUAAGCGUUACGCCCAAUGAGACGGCAACAUAUAGAGCAGAGCUGGCUUAGAGCUGGCAGCAGCUGCAGCACUUGACUGCGCCACAAUACGAGAGAAUAUAGAAAUCGAAAGUGAAGGCUGUAGCUGGAGCUGGCGACUGAAAGCGGAUUGCGAAUAUUGGCGUAUUGACAUAAGGAAAUCGUUAGACGAGCUUAGCCUGCUCCGCAAGCAAAGGCGACAAGGCGCAUUUAAAAUUAAAAAUAUAUAUAGAUUACACUACUAUAUAGCUAGCUGACAGAGAAAUAAAUCCGUGGGCGUGUGUGCGUGUGUGUUAUGCUUAUGCUAAUGCCAGUCAGCAAAGUCGCUCGUUGAAUAUUACAUGAGCCUAGAGCAGCUAAGCUGAGCCAAGUGAUGACAAUAAGCUGCCAGAGCACCAGACACCACACAGCAACUUAGAGAGAGAGAGAGAGAGAGAGAGAGAGAGAGAGAGUCAGUGAGAUGGGAAGCAAUAUGACAGAACUGCGGCGCUUGAAUGGCUUGGAAGCGACACCGAUAGCAGCAGCAGCUCCAACUGGACCUCGACUACAUAAGCAGCACUCGCUGCGCGAUCCACCGCAGGCCGCAGCACAUGCUUUGCUCUUGCACUCGUUGGUCGAUCAUGGCUGCAAUUUAAGCAGCGGUGGUAAUAGCGCUGCCAGCACCACCAGCAGCAGCACCGCAACUGCGACCACAGCUCUUGGCUUGGCCAACAGCAGCGGACCGCGUGGCGUCGAAUUCGACGAGCAUGAAAUUUAUUAUGUAUCGCCUUCAAAGCGAAAAGCUGGCGUGGCGCCUGCGGCUGCGACGCCGCGUCCGGCCAAUGCCUAUGAAAACAACACAAGCAAUCACAAUGUGGUCACCUUUGCGGAUUAUGUCAGCGAGCGAGCCAACAGCUGCUCCUCGUCCACCUACUCGAUGGCGCAUCGGGGCUCGCUAAAGCGCCAAAAGGGGCGCAGCAAUCAAUCGCUCUGCAGCUGCGACGCCGGCGACGAGGCCCAACUGCAGCCGGAUGCGGCGCGUCCGCUUUACGAAUACAGCCUCGAGCGGCGACGCAAGACCCACACCUACAGCUGUGAGCAGAACGCACAGAUACUCAUGAGACUGGAGCGCGAACGUAAUCGCAAAUUAUCCCUCACUUCCAUAUGCAACGAGCUGCAGCUUCAGAGUGACACGCCCAGCUUGUCGGAUGUGGAAAGCAUACCACCAGUGCCGCCGCCGCCAGCCCUCAAGCGAAAUGGCAGCAUGCGUAGUCUGCGUUUGCUGCAACAGCUGCAGCCAACAACAGCAGCUGCGAAUGGCAACCACAAGCCAAGCAACAACAACAACAACAACAACUUGGCAUUGGGCAUGGCUCAGCUCUGCAGCAGCGAUCUGCUGGAGGACUGCACCAAGACGGCGCUGGAUGACUGCGCGGCAAGUUUGCUGAAGUGCAAUGGCAAUGGCAAUGUCAAUGCCAAACCGGAUCUGUGUCAGUUGACUAGCAAUGGCAGCCACGCCCACAAGCCGCAAAAGCAGCACAAGCAGCCUGCCCCGCCCUUUGCCGCCCACGAGGCCGACAACAUAUUCACGCCUCAUGCGCAAAAAUCAGACCCCAGCCUCUGCUUCGUGCCACCCAGCAAGGCUGCAGCGACAGCGGCAACUGUUGCCGCCGUGCCUCCGAGCAAAUAUAAUACAAUCGGACCGAGCAGCGACUAUGCGCGCCACUUGGCCCACUACAGUCGCUAUCUGCAGAAGCAGCAUCAGCAGCAGCAACUCGCUCACUUUCAGCAGCAGCGCUGUCGCUGCUUCUCACAAUCAUUGCUCAACUUUCCGAGCAAUCAACAGCAGCAGCAGCAGCAGCAAGCUCCACGGCAAGGUGUGUUGCAACAAUUGACGCAGCAGCCCGCACAGAUCUUUCACACCGGCAGCAUGGACUGGACACUGCCAAUUAAUAGUCGCAGCUUUGGCAAUUUAGCGAACAUUGAGGGCAGCAGUUGCCGCCUGCCGUACCAGAAAAUGCAGCAAUCCUCGGGGCUGGCAAGCUCGAAUUUCACGAUGAACUCCUUUGAUAGCGCCAACAGUGGCGGGCUGCUUAAAGAGCGAGAAUCUCAGCCCACGUUGCAUAGCACGCAUCAUCAUUAUCAUCCGCACAAUGUGGCACAUACCUUGCUGCAACAUCAUGCGGCAGCGGCAGUGGCAGCGUCAGGUGGCAGCCAUGCACGCGCACAUGGCCAUGCCCAUGGACAUGGACACAGCCUGCCCGGCACACCGCAGAAACAUCAUCAGCUCCACUCGAGCGUUACCAGCAUUAUGCCAUGGAAGCAUCGACAGUGCCCCAGUCGCGGCUCAUCGAGCUCGGGCACAAAUUCGUUUCGAUUCGAUGCUGCCAAGCAUUGGCUGGCAGUCAGCUCGAUACUCCUGAUAAUUGGAGCUGCCAGUGUGGCAGUGCCGUUGGCUCUACGUGUGGCAGCAAGUGCACCGUUUGAGGAGCGUUUACGCGUUGCCGUGCAGCUGUUGGAUCAAGUGCCUUUAAUCGAUGGGCAUAAUGACUUACCAUGGAAUAUACGCAAGUUCCUGCACAAUAAGCUCAAUGACUUCAACUUUGAUGAAGACCUGCGCAAUGUUGCGCCCUGGGCGCGCAGCCAUUGGAGCCACACGGAUUUAACGCGACUGAAGAAAGGACGCAUAUCAGCACAGUUCUGGGCCGCCUAUGUGCCAUGUGAGGCGCAACAUCGGGAUGCAGUGCAAUUAACAUUGGAGCAAAUCGAUGUGAUUAAAAGACUCACAGAUCGCUAUUCCCCACAGCUCACCACAUGCACUUCCGCGCAAGACAUCAUCGAGGCGCACAAGAACCAGCAGCUCUGCUCACUCACGGGCGUCGAGGGUGGCCACUCGCUGGGUGGCUCGCUGGCGGUGCUGCGCACUCUUUAUGCAAUUGGCGUGCGCUAUAUGACGCUGACAUCCACUUGCCACACACCCUGGGCGGACUCGAGCUACGCCGAUGCGCCAACGUUUAAUAUGAAGCAUGGCGGCCUCACCUUAUUCGGCAAGACAAUCAUACGCGAGAUGAAUCGCCUGGGCAUGAUGGUGGACCUAUCGCACGUCUCCAAGGGCACCAUGCGGGACGCUUUAGAGGUGAGCGAGGCGCCCGUUAUAUUCUCACACUCCUCCGUCUAUGAGCUAUGCAACAGCAGUCGCAAUGUUCAGGAUGAUAUCCUACAAUCGGUGGCUAAGAAUGGCGGACUGGUCAUGGUUAAUUUCUAUUCAAAGUUUUUGUCGUGUAGCGAGAAUUCAACGGUACAGGAUGCAGUCGCGCAUAUUAAUCACAUUAAGCGUGUCGCUGGCAUCGAUCACGUUGGCCUCGGCGCCGGCUACGACGGCAUUAAUUACACACCGAAGGGUCUGGAGGAUGUCUCCUCGUAUCCCACGCUGUUUGCGGAGCUUCUAGGUGGCGGCUGGACCAUGGAAGAGCUCACCAAGCUGGCUGGUGGAAACUUUCUGCGCGUCAUGCUGCAGGUGGAGAAGAUACGCGAUGAGAAAAAGGCUGCUGGGACUAAGCCCUUUGAGGAUCAUCCCAACUUUCGCACAGAUGAUCCCUACAAUUGCACUUCUAGCUAAUUGCAGCGAGCUGAAAGAUUCCAAGAGGUUGUACUAUAGGCUCAGCUGGGGCCCAGCAACGAACUCAUUAGCAAGCAUUAAAGAAAUUAUAAUAUUAGACAUAAUUGCAUUCUAGUUACAUACAUAAGUGGCAUAGCUAUGGUUUCUAUAAGCUUUAAGAUUACCCAACUAUGCUACUAACUGCUAAGUAUUGAAAUAUGUUCAGUUUAAUUGUUGUUUUAGUUCUAUGACAAUCUACAGACUGCCAAGCGACUAGAGAGAACCCACUUGAUUGCUAUACAUAACAUAAAUAGUUGUUUUUAUAAUGAUGAUUUGCUUAUCCCAACUGAACUACCCAACUACGAAUCAACUACGAUCACGCAUGUUUUUUACACUGGACCAACACAGUAAUAAAUAGUUAAAGCUUAAACUUUGUAAUCGAUAAAAUGUAUUACUUGAAUUGUCUUUAAGCAUUUAGUUGUUUCUACGAGAACUACAUAUCAAGUAUGUAUUAAAUAUAUAUGGGGAAAACGAAAACAAUUUCAUAAUUUAUUUAGCUGUAAUGUUAAUGCAAAAUGCAAUGUAUUUCAAUGUGGGAAAGCAUACACUUAAAUUAAAUAAUCUACGGUAU